ACAGUGACGCAGCAGACCGAUUGGGGCGCUGCUGGGGCGGACAGAGUUCAGAUAACACUCCGUGGUUGACCUUGUUAGACGGUUAUUGAUAAUUAACCUCGUGUUAGGAAACUUGACUACCCCGGGUUUACCUGCUAUGUCACACUUGUCGGUGCCUCCGAUGUCCGCAUCACCCAGCUCGGGAUGCAGGUUAUCAAAAGAUCAUUUGAUAGUUGCAGUGCCGGUGGCAGUCGUCGCAGCUGUCGGGGGGUUCCUAGUCAGUCAAUACCUGAACAGGCGGAGCUGUAAAAAGGGCCAGGUGAACGCAUCCGUGUGCAAAGACAGUCCCAAAGUGGUCCACAGCUUCGACAUGGAGGACAUCGGUACCAAGGCUGUGUACUGCCGCUGCUGGAAGUCAAAGAAGUUCCCUCUUUGCGACGGAGCCCACACCAAACACAACGAGGAAACUGGGGACAAUGUGGGGCCACUCAUCAUCAAGAAGAAGAAUGCUUAAAACAACCAAUCAGAGAACUCCACCCUCCCUUGACUUCUCACUCACCUGCCCCGAGGUUGUCCAAUUGUUUCCCGUCAUCAUUGAGUGUCACACUGACGGUUGUAUUGUGAGACCAAGCAGUGGAUGUUCUUCAUAACCUAACGUAGAAACUUAGGAAGUGCUGAACAUAUGAAUUUUGAUCUCAGUUAUUCCACACUGCUCCUGUGUUACCCAACAUGACAUUGAAAUCCAAAGGUCAUUUGGGGAGAGAUAAGGAUGGGACUUUGGCAGUCAACAGAGUCAGACAUGGUAGUUGCGUUUGCUUUGUGUAACGCAGGUCAAGUCAUUCAGAAGUCUCACUGGACCUGCUAGCAUUAUACCUCCAUGCCUGCUGUCACCCAUGUCCCCUUCUUUGUUGACUCCUGUAGGUGUGGAGCAGGUGGUUGAAACCUGAUGAACCGGCCUUAAAAUUUAAACCUACAGCCCAGAGUGUGAACACAUACCACUCCUUAUGAAUAAUACAUGUUAUGGUUUUUGCUCAAGAGCUGCUUGGUAAGAGGAUAUAAGGUGUUUGUUUGUCUGAAAAGAAAUAUUGAUUUCUAACCCUGACAAUUGUUGAAAUAGGUGUCUGCUGCUUGUAGCCAGUUACUGUCUGCUUUCUGAGGAAACUUGUAAUUGUUGAAAGGGGAAAAAGUGCUUCUUCACCAGAUGUGUUCUUCUCUGGCUACAGUGUGUCCUUAUGGUUCAUUGUUCUGUAUGUUGUGAAUAAAACCUGUUGAAUGAUC